UUGAUCACAUUGACUUUAUUAAUUAUUUAAACAUAUAAAGAUCUCAUAUUUCUAUGCCAUAAAUGAACACCCACCUAACUACACGACCUCCUUUCUUCUUCCUCAUAUUCUAUCAAAUCAUUGUUAAUUAUACUACAAAGUUUCCCCAAAUCUCAAAAUUUUGACCAAAUUUCCCAACUCAAAUUUUCUCUCUAUCUUCUAUUUCAAUGGCAUUACAAUUACAGUUAUUCAAUCACUCUAAACUCUCAUCUUCAACUUUCACAAAUCAUUCAAAUACUUCCUCCAUUUUUACAACUCCCAGAAACUCCAUUUCUUUCUCCUCCAAAACUUCACUUAAAAUGCCCACUUUUUCUCUCCUCCAUAAUCACUUUCUUCCUCACAAAACCAACCAAAAUCUUUUCAGAAAUCGUCUUAAAAUCAAACCCAAUAAAAAAGAUAGUAAUUUGAAGUUUAGAGUUAAUGAUUCUAGUAAACCUUUACCUGCUGAAACUUCUUCUUCUUCUAAAAGUAGCACAAAAACGAUUAUAUUUUGGUCAAUUGUUACUGCUGUUUUAGCUGUUGCUAACAGGGUUUUUUAUAAGCUUGCUCUUGUUCCUCUUCAAGAGUACCCUUUUUUCUUGGCUCAGUUCAUUACUUUUGGGUAUGUGGCUAUUUACUUUAGUAUAUUGUUCAUACGACACCGUGCAGGGAUAGUGACUGACGAAAUGUUAGCUAUUCCAAAAUCUCGUUUUUGGCUCAUUGGUCUUCUUGAAGCACUUGGUCUAGCUGCUGGCAUGGCAUCUGCUGCCAUGAUUCCUGGCCCAGUGAUACCAAUAUUGCAUCAGACUUUUCUGGUGUGGCAGCUGCUUCUCUCUUUUGUCGUCUUAGGCAGGCGCUAUUCGUUUAUGCAAAUAGUCGGCUGCUUGCUUGUAGCUGCUGGUGUUGUCGUUGCAGUCUCUAGUGGUUCCGAUGGUCACCAAGUUCUUUCAGGAGUUGCAUUUGUGUGGCCAGCUCUAAUGAUUGCUUCAGGUGCUUUCCAUGCUGCAGCAUCUAUCUUGAAGGAGUUUAUCUUUGUUGAUGCUGCAGCACGUCUCAAGGAGAAGUCUCUUGACAUAUUUGUAGUCAACUCGUUUGGAUCUGGCUGUCAGGCUCUUUUUGUUCUUGUUUUACUCCCUUUACUAUCAAACCUCAAAGGUAUACCAUUCGACCAACUGCCACAGUAUUUUGCAAGUGGAGGCGCAUGCUUUCUGAACAUUGGAGUUAAUAGCGCAGGGUGUGAAGGAGCUCCCUUGCUACCCCUUCUAUAUGUGGCCAGCAACAUUGCGUUCAACAUUGCCGUCCUAAAUUUACUGAAAAUAUCUAGUGCUGUUGUCUCUUCGCUCGUCACCAUGGUGUCAGUGCCAAUUUCGAUAUAUAUCCUCUCACUCCCAUUGCCGUAUCUCCCUGAAAGUUCGAGCUUAGGCCUUUACUUCGUCCUUGGAAGUGUGAUUCUGAUGCUGGGACUUCUUCUCUACAACGUGCCUCAGUUUUCCAACAAAGCUCUUGAUGAUACAGGGGAAUAGAAUAGUAGCAACUUGUGGAGGCCUUUAACUUUGAGCAUAUUCCUCUUUGGUUUCAUUCUCUUUUUUUACCUGCUUUCAUUAUGUGUACUGUUUAAUUAGUUAGUACUCUAUGAACAUACUUCCUCGAUAAAAGAAAGAAUGCAACAAUUGGGUAUUAUUUGUGACUUGUGAGGUAUAAAAUAUUCAAUUGUUGUCUUCUUUAUGUUACA